CAAAAACAACUGAAGCUGAAGAGGAAGUAGGAGGGAAUUGACAAAAAAAUGGUCAGCAAAGUGUUUCUCAAUGUGUUGUCAGUCAUUGUUCUAUGUCUGACAAUUGCAGAAGCUCAACCUCGCCUGCCUAACCAGGGACGUUGCAAAUGCAUCAAGACAAUAAACAUGUUAAACGCUUCGAUGAAAAUCAGUAAUGUUAAAAUCUUGCUGAAACAAAAUUUUUGUGAAAAUGUGGAAAUCAUUGUCACCUUGCAAAAUGGUAGAAGAAAGUGUUUGAACCCUGAGUCUGAAAUUGGAAAGAAUAUUAUUAACUUUAUGGAGAGCAUAAAGAAAACUACAAAACAGAACUGACUUCACAAAGUGAACAAUGCUGAACACAUGAGUCUGAAGAAAUUAGCUAGAUGAACCAUUAUUUUCUCUUCUAUAAAGAAUUACAAAGCUGAUGGUAUUUUAAGAAGAUUUACAGUUUUUAAGCUAAUGAAAUAAAAUUUACAAUUAUGAUCUUGAGAUUGUAGACCUCAAAUAAUAAUAAAUAAAGCUAUCUGCAA